AUGAAGACAUUGAACGAAGAAGACCUGAAAGCUCUUGCGGGUGACUAUUUCGCUCCAGUUGGGUUAUAUCAAUACACUAAGAACCUCCCCUUUCUUGGUACUCUACAAUGUAAUACCCAAUCUCUCAUUGCAGGUCAAUGGACUGAGCUUCUUGUCGAAUACACUGUCGGUGCUAGCGGCCUGGCCGACGGCGCAUGGAUCAAGGGUACCUUCAAAUUCUACUCAGAUUGGGCACUCUUCCAGACCUCAGAUCCUAAACAGAAUAACUAUGUCUCUGCUGAAUACACUCCUAGCCCUCUGCAUCUAGGCCAAACACCUGCGACAGUGCAGUCACUUGCUGUGCGAUUCGAUCAGAAAGGGCACGAGCGCCCGUUUCAGAAGGCCAUCAUCAUUGACAUUGUUGAUGGAUACAUGAAUCCUGGCGACAAAAUUGUUGUCCGUAUUGGCGAUAGACGAUGGGGUGCAAGAGGGACCCGGGUGCAGACAUUCGUCGAGGAUCAAUUUCUAAUGAGAUGGUAUAUUGAUCCUGUUGGGACAUCGCGAUUUGCGCCUAUCAAGCCAGACAUUGCAUUCCCAAUCCGACCUGGGGUCCCUACUCAAGUGCGUCUCAAAACUCCUCGCUUAGUCAAACCAAAUGAGGAGUUCCCAAUCAACUGCCAUACCGAGGAUGUAUGGGGAAAUGCAACCAUCGAUCUUGACGUACCGGUGACCGAGCUCGAGAUAAUCAAGGAAGAUUCUGACGAGUCUAUUUCGAAGAAGAGAGUCUCGUUUUCAAAUAAGGGCUGGACCGUGGCGAAACAUACGCUUAGUCUUCCAGAUGAUGGUGACUACACCUUGUCACUAUCUGUCGCAGAUCACAAUGGCCGUGUGAUUGCCAAAGCAACAGAAUAUAUAACUGCCGAAUCAUCUAUACCCAUCACAAGAGCUUUAUUUGCCGACCUCCACGUUCACUCUGAUGACACAGUCGGCACAAACUCCAGCACCUACAACUUCUCUUACGGCCAACAAGUCGCUGGUCUUGAUAUCAUCGGCUAUACAGCCAAUGACUUCAACAUUACAAAGGAGCGCUGGGAUAACACGCUUGAAGUCAUUAAGAAGCUGCAGGAGGAGAUCACAACGUGGUUUUUCUGGACGACCCUAGAACCAGCCAGCCCGAGUUCCCGUUCGAUAGAAACGGCAAUGUGGCUCGCAGCUUCGAGUGGAACGAAGAUGGGCCUGCAGAGUUAA